AUGGCUGACAGACCCGAGUCCCCGUCUUCUGGAGGUCAAGAAACUCCUCGCAGCGAAGUAGAUCUGGACUUAGCCCUUCAGUUUCAGGAGCUCGAGAUCAACGCCCUCAAGGACACCGUCGCCAUGCAAAAUGAGGUGACAAAAGACCUCCGCGACACCAUCGCCAUCCAAAAGGAAGCGACACAAGACCUCCGCAAGACCAUCAGGAUCCAAGAAGUCGCGGCCAACGACCUUCGUCAUGUCAUCAAGAACCUUCAAAAGUGCAACGAUGAGUUCGCUGCCGCAAACGCAGCGCUCUCUGCAGUCGACGACUCCCGCGUUGACCAGCGAAACGAGCUUCAAGAGGCCAAGAUUGAGCUGGCAGAGCUUCGGGACGAGUAUCUUGAGGUUCGCCACCUCCAAAAGCUCAUCGAAAUGCGCAACAGCAUUGAAAAAGCGCUCAAUAGAAUAAUCAAGCUCCAAGACGCAACGAUCCAGAAACUCAAGAAGAAGCAUGGGGAGCUCCGGACUACAUACAAGACCAAGAUCGGCGAGCAUAGUGCUGCUAUCAACGACCUCUUUGCAUCGUACGAGGCCAAGGAAGCGGAGGUACAAGAGCUGAAGGACGAGCUGCAAGAGCUUCGCGAAUACUGCGAGGGCGAUGAGGAGUUUAUCGAUGGCUCCACUAUUGAUAUUAGGCAGCGAGACGAGACUAUCGCUACGCUGAACGCCAAGGUCAAGGAGCAGGACGACGCUCUCGCCCUGUCGCAGCAGCAGCUACAAGAACAACAUGACACCAUCGCGGAGUUGGAGAAGCAACUUACUGAGACCAAGAAGAGUGACGAAGUCGAUGCGGAUAGGGAUGAGGCAAUCGCGGAGUCGGAGCGACAGCUGAAGGAAAAGGACAACGAGAUCGCCGAGUUGCAAGAGCAACUUCGCAAGCGCGUGUCCGAUAAGAAGGAGGGUAAAGUUAUCAACGAGCUGAAGGCCAAGGUCAAGCAGCGUGAUGAGGCUAUCGUGGAGUUGGAGCAGCAGGUACAGGAAGAUGGUAACCACAUCAAGUACUUAAAGGGGUGGGUUAAGUCCUUGGAAGGUUACUACCUUGAGGGCGAAGAGCUGGUCGGGACUGAUGUAUCUGAAAAUACUUGAAAGAGUAUUGGCGGACUGAGACGAGACGAUUCGAGGUAUGAAAAAAAUGUAGAAUAACUGGUAUCAAAAUGAGCUAUAGAGCCGCCGAC